GUGUGUUUGGUUGUGGUUUAAAUGUUAAAUCCUUUUUUUCCUUACUGUAAGUCACUCUCUUUUCACUCAUCAUCAACAUAAUCAUUAACAUCAUCCUCAUCCUCAUCAUCAUCACAAUCACCAUCCUUUUUAACAUCACCAUCAUCUCUACUAGCUUCAUAUGUGAAAAAUUAAAAUAACGUCAAUUUCAUCUGUGAUACACUUGAUAAAAAUAAUAGUGAAAGUGGAGAAAGGUAUCAACAAAAAUUAUCAAAACUGGAAUUAAUGGAAUUAGAGAAUAUUGUUGCCAACACUGUUUACCUAAAAGCAAGAGAAGAUUGUAACAAGGGUAAAAGCAAAAAAUGGCAAAAAUUACUUCGUUUUCCACACAUUUCUCAAUGUAUUCAUUUGAAAGAUCAAGUUGACGUUUCAUACAAUUAUAUAGUGGAACAGCAACCAAUAGGACAGUUACUUUUUAGACUAUAUUGCCAUACCAAGGAAUUGUACAGUAAAUGCAACAAUUUUCUGGACGCUGUUGUACGUAACGAUAUUCCCCGAUUUACCAUUGAUGAGUUCGGCACCAAUUUUUUUACUCUUAUAAAGGAAAACUAUGAACUCCAAUGGGAUGAAGAUCGAAGCUCAGUGGCCAAAGAGAUUGCUGAUAAAUAUCUUAAUUGUGAAUCAAAUCAAUUUGUGGAUGUUGUAAAAGAAGAGAGUCGCAAUAAAUGCAAGCAAAACCUAGAUUUGGCCUCAAAAGACCUUUUCCUGGACAGUGCCCUAGAUGUUAAAUUAUUUUUAUCAACCAAUCCAUUCAAGGAAUUUGAAGGUAGCAUGUUUUUUCACCGUUACCUUCAAUGGAAAUGGCUGGAAAAGUUGCCCGUGACAAAGGAUACCUUUCGAAUGUACAGAGUUCUUGGUAAAGGAGGGUUUGGUGAAGUUUGUGCGUGUCAAGUUCGAGCCACGGGUAAAAUGUAUGCUUGUAAAAAGUUGGAAAAAAAGCGAAUCAAGAAACGCAAAGGAGAAUCAAUGGUUCUCAUUGAGAAGCAAAUUUUACAAAAGAUAAAUUCACGGUUUGUGGUUAGUCUAGCCUAUGCCUAUGAGACUAAGGAUGCUCUUUGUUUAGUAUUAACUCUGAUGAAUGGUGGUGACCUUAAAUUUCAUAUCUACAACAUGGGAGGUGAACCUGGCUUUGACCUGGACCGAGCUCGUUUCUACACAGCCGAGGUGACACAAGGAUUGGAUCAUCUUCACUCUCAAGGGAUUGUUUACCGAGAUCUCAAGCCAGAAAAUAUACUUUUAGAUGAUCAUGGUCACGUAAGAAUCUCCGAUCUUGGGUUAGCUAUGGAAAUACCAGAAGGUGAAAUGGUUCGAGGAAGAGUUGGUACAGUGGGUUACAUGGCUCCUGAAGUGAUUGAAAACGAUAAAUAUGCCUUCAGUCCAGACUGGUUUAGCUUGGGAUGCCUUUUAUAUGAGAUGAUCGAGGGUCAAGCUCCGUUUAGAGCUCGAAAGGAAAAGGUCAAACGGGAAGAGGUUGAACGUCGAGUCAAAAAUGAUGUUGAAAGUUAUUCAAAUAAAUUUAGUGAAGAUACCAAAGCAAUAUGUACAUUGUUACUCUCAAAGAAAGUCUCUGAUCGUUUAGGCUGUAAACUCGGUCGUAAAGGAGCCUCGGAAGUUAAAGCUCAUCGGUUUUUCAAGACAGUUAAUUGGAAACGUUUAGAAGCUGGAAUGCUUCAGCCACCCUUCAUUCCGGAUCCUCAUGCUGUUUAUGCCAAGGAUGUUCUUGAUAUUGAACAAUUUUCAACGGUUAAAGGAGUCAAUUUAGAUGCUAGUGAUGAUUCAUUUUACAGUAAAUUUAAUACUGGAAGUGUUUCCAUUCCAUGGCAAAAUGAAAUGAUUGAAACUGAUUGUUUUAAAGAGUUAAAUGUUUUUGGACCAAACUUUACAUUACCUGAUGAUCUCAAUUUUGAUUGUCCGCCAGUCGAUGAGCCAAAAGGAUGUUUCCAAUUUUUUCGAAGCAACAAGAAUAAAAGAAAAAAUGUUCACAUUUCAAAGAGUAAUGCUCAAAUUGAUGAAGGAUCACAGACUGGAGUAAACAAUAGCAACAAAGAACCAAGUACAGCGAAAACCACCAAUUCCAUUAGUUAACGUUAAUAAAUUACAAUGCCUAAGGUUGAACUUGCUUUCAAUGUGGGAAUAUCAUCGACAACCAAAAAAUAAUUAAAACCAUUCUCACUAUCCAUACUAUCAACGCCAAGACGAGUCAAUAUACCUGAGGAAAGGGACAAGGCUGAAAAAGCUGGAAGCAAAUGAUUAACGAGUUAAGCACAGAUGAAAAAGUACCUAUUUUAUGUGCAAUAAACGACGUAUAUUGGAUUAAGAGGUCAAAGUAAUAAUUACUGAUCUAAAAGGAUAAAUAUUGAAAGGAUAAACAAGCCAAAGCCAUACUUUAGUCAACAGUAUUAAGAUGACAAUCCAACGAUUGCAAGCCAACAAGAUUAACAAUUAAUGCAAACCAAAAUCGACAGUAUAAUCUUGAUUCGUAUUCGGUUUGGAUUGGGAAAAAGUCACCGUCGAAAGGAAAUAAAUGUAAAGAAUGGAAACUGGUCCAAGAAACUGAAAAAACAAGGAAUGACGAUCCAUUUAGAUGGUAAUCUAUAGAAAUGAUUGAAUGAAUGUUUUGACGAUCAUGCCACUUGUGUGAAUCAAUCAACACAUUUUGAUGGUUUCUUGUUAAAUCAGCUGAAAUUAGUAAAGCAAGACAAAUUUCAUCAAAAACUGACAUGACAAAGAUCAUAUUCAUGACUGUCUUUACGAUAAUCAAUGGUAAACAAAUUGGGCACCAACAAUGACAACAAUGAUGAUAAUUUUGCAAACAAAAAGUAAUUCAACUAAAUACAUUACGAGCUUUUCCAAUAAGCCUUUCAACUCUCGUCAACAGUUUACUUACAAUUUACUACAAUCUGCUUCAUUAUAUUGGUACUAACCUUUGGACAUGAAGCAUGAAUUGAAGCGGACACACAGAGCACAAAUAAACCAGAAACCAGAUUUCUGAGUGCUUACAUUUUCUGUUGCAUUUUAAUAUGAUGACAAGUUAAUAUCAAAGAGCUGACUGGAUCUGUUGAUUUUGUUUUUUAAUUUCCAAAUUUUCCAAAGUUUUUUACUUAUAAAAAUAUAUAAAUAUAUUAAUUAUUGACCUGUUUCAGUUUGAACCAAAUCGACUGAAGGAUGAUACUAAAUGAUUGCAGCAAAACCCACAAAAUCUCUUCCGUUGUUUCAAAUUCAUCAACAAACUCUUUGCUUGACAAGAUGAAAAAGUUAAAAUCGAUACAUUUGACAAACGAACUUGAGACCACGAAUUUUUCUCACUGUGAUUACAAUUGUAAUUGACAUCCUUCGAUCUGACAAUUGUUAUUGGACAAAGGCAGAGAGUUGGAUAAAGCAAAAGGAAAAGCACAAUAAUAAGUGAUUCAAAUACACCGGGUAUAUUCGCCAUUGUAUAUAACCACUAAUUCACUCAUAUAAUUUGUAAUAUAUAAAUUUGUUGAAAAAGCUUACGAAAAUGUGAAAAGCUAAACAUAUCGUUGUAAAAAAUUAUGAUUAUCAUUAGACUUAUUAUGCUAUUAUUAAUACAACUUAUAAUUAUUAUUAUACAAUCUCUAUGUGCAAUUGAAAAAUACAAGACCAACGAAAAUAAUGUGUAACAAACAAAACGAAAACAGUGUCGACUAUUCAUGUACAAUUGAAAUAUUCAACAGAAAUCGUUAGGUUGCACAAUUAAUGUUUUUGUUUUAAUAAUUUUCAUCAAUAAUACAUUUCAAUGUUGCCAA